AUGGCGGGCUCUCCAUCCGCUGGUGGCAUCGAGACGGACACGGCACGGCUAAUGGUAUUGGACCUUUGGGCCUUUGGGCCGUUGGGUGGCUCGCACAAGGGAUAUCGACUGCCCGUGUUUGAGGUCUCGCGGGAAGGCACGAAGCUGUCCCUCCUCGCUGUGCACCACCAACCGGGCACCACCAACCGGGCACACGUGCACAUCAAUGAUGCCUGUGGCGCUCCCAGCUCGCCCCCUGGCCAGAGCCCCAUGCCACACCAUCCCCCAUCCCAGCACGCGCACGACCACUCUCGCUUCUCUCCCCCCGUGUCCCCGUUCCUCGGCCGGCGGAGGCGGCUGUCUUAG